ACUAUGACAGUCACUUUGAUGUGGACAAGGGCACCGGAACCAUCAUCAUUGCCAAACCCCUGGAUGCAGAACAGAAAUCAAACUACAACCUCACAGUUGAGGCUACAGAUGGAACCACCAUAAUCCUUACUCAGGUAUUCAUCAAAGUGAUAGAUACAAAUGAUCAUCGUCCUCAGUUUUCUUCAUCAAAAUAUGAAGUUGUUAUUCCAGAAGAUACGGUUCCAGAAACAGAAAUUUUGCAAAUCACCGCUAUGGAUAAGGAUGAGAAAAACAAGCUCAUCUACACUCUGCAGAGCAGUAUAGACCCAUUGAGUCUCAAGAAAUUCCGUCUUGAUCCUGCAACUGGCUCUCUCUGUACUUCUGAAAAACUUGAUCAUGAAACUGCACACCAGCAUGUGCUUACAGUUAUGGUCCGGGAUCAGGAUGUACCUGUAAAACGCAACUUUGCAAGAAUUGUCAUUAAUGUCAGUGACACGAAUGACCAUGCACCAUGGUUCACCAGUUCCUCCUAUGAAGGGCGGGUGUACGAAUCAGCUGCUGUCGGCUCGGUUGUGUUGCAGGUUACAGCUCUGGACAAAGACAAAGGGCAAAAUGCUGAAGUGCUGUAUUCCAUUGAGUCAGGAAAUAUCGGAAAUUCUUUUACAAUUGAUCCUAUCUUGGGCUGUGUAAAAACUGCCAAAGAAUUAGAUCGAAGUAACCAAAUACAAUAUGAUUUGAUGGUAAAAGCUACGGAUAAAGGCAAUCCACCAAUGAGUGAAAUGACUUCUGUACAUAUUAUUGUUACAGUGGCUGACAAUGCCUCCCCUAAGUUUACAUCAAAAGAAUACUCUAUUGAAAUUAGUGAAGCUGUCAGCAUUGGAAGUUUUGUUGGAAUGGUUACAGCCCAUAGUCAGUCAUCAGUGGUAUAUGAAAUAAAAGAUGGAAAUACAGGUGAUGCUUUUGAUAUUAAUCCACAUUCUGGAAGUAUCGUCACUCAGAAAGCCCUGGAUUUUGAAACUUUGCCCAUUUAUACAUUGACUAUACAAGGAACCAACAUGGCUGGUUUGUCUACCAAUACAACUGUUCUGGUGCAUUUACAGGAUGAGAAUGACAACUUACCAGUUUUUAUGCAGGCAGAAUAUUCAGGACUCAUUAGCGAAUCAGCUUCAAUCAAUAGCGUGAUCCUAACAGACAAGAAUGUUCCACUAGUGAUUCGAGCAGCUGAUGCUGAUAAAGAAUCAAAUGCUUUGCUUGUUUAUCACAUUGUUGAGCCAUCUGUACACAAAUAUUUUGCUAUUGAUUCUAGCACUGGUGCCAUUCAUACAGUACUAAGUUUGGACUAUGAAGAGACAAGUGUUUUUCACUUUACUGUACAAGUGCAUGACAUGGGAACACCACGUUUAUUUGCUGAGUAUGCAGCUAAUGUGACUAUACAUGUAAUUGACAUCAAUGAUUGCCCUCCUGUGUUCUCCAGAUCAUUAUAUGAAACAUCUCUUUUGUUGCCAACCUACAAAGGCGUAAAAGUAAUCACAGUAAAGGCUACAGAUGCUGAUUCCAGUGCAUUCUCACAGUUAAUAUACUCCAUCACUGAAGGUAACAUUGGGGAGAAGUUUUUUAUGGACUACAAGACUGGCAGUAUAACCGUUCAAAACACAACUCAGUUAAGAAGCCGCUAUGAGUUAACCAUUCGAGCUUCUGAUGGCAGAUUUGCCAGCUUUACCUCUGUGAAAAUUAACGUGAAAGAAAGCAAAGAAAGUCAACUUAAGUUUACCCAGGAUUUCUACUCUGCAGUAGUGAAAGAGAACUCCACAGAAGCCAAGACACUAGCUGUCAUUACUGCUAUUGGGAAUCCAAUCAAUGAGCCUUUGUUUUAUCACAUCCUCAACCCAGAUCCCAGAUUUAAAAUCAGCCACACUUCAGGAGUGCUGUCAACCACUGGUAUCCUGUUUGAUCGUGAGCAUCAGGAAGCGUUUGAUGUGGUUGUUGAAGUGACACAAGAACAUAAACCUUCAGCAGUGGCCCAUGUUGUUGUGAAAGUCACUGUCGAAGACCAAAAUGACAAUGCACCAGUGUUUGUUAAUCUUCCUUACUAUGCUGUUGUUAAGGUGGAUACCGAGGUGGGUCAUGUCAUUCGCUCCGUUACUGCUGUCGACAGAGACAGUGGCAGAAAUGGCGAAGUACACUACCACCUUAAGGAACAUCAUGACCACUUUCAAAUUGGACCAACUGGUGAAAUUUCACUGAAAAAGCAAUUUGAACUUGAUACCUUAAAUAAAGAAUAUCUUGUCACAGUGGUUGCAAAAGAUGGAGGAAACCCAGCUUUCUCAGCUGAAGUUAUAGUUCCAAUCACUGUUGUGAAUAAAGCCAUGCCGGUGUUUGAAAAACCUUUUUACAGUGCAGAGAUUCCAGAGAAUAUCCAGGUGCAUAGCCCAGUUGUCCACAUACAAGCCAGUAGUCCAGAAGGGUUGAAGGUGUUCUAUAGCAUCACAGAUGGAGAUCCUUUCGGCCAGUUUACCAUCAACUUCAAUACUGGAGUUAUAAACGUCAUAGCUCCUCUGGAUUUUGAGUCCCACCCAGCAUAUAAACUGAGCAUACGAGCAACUGACUCCUUGACUGGUGCUCAUGCUGAAGUCUUUGUUGACAUAAUAGUAGAAGACAUCAACGAUAACCCUCCUAUGUUUGUGCAGCAGUCUUAUGCUGCAACCCUGUCUGAGGCAUCUGUAAUUGGAACAUCUGUUGUUCAAGUUAGAGCAACGGAUUCUGAUUCAGAACCAAACAGAGGAAUUUCAUACCAGAUGUUUGGAAAUCAUAGCAAGAGUCAUGACCAUUUUCACAUAGAUAGCAGCACUGGUCUCAUUUCACUAGUCAGAACUUUGGAUCAUGAACAGUUCCAGCAGCACAAGAUUUUUGUAAGGGCUGUUGAUGGUGGCAUGCCCCCACUGAGCAGCGAUGUGACUGUCACUGUGGAUGUCACUGACCUCAAUGAUAAUCCACCACUCUUUGAUCAACAGAUUUAUGAAGCCAAAAUUAGUGAGCAUGCCAUGCAUGGGCAUUUUGUGAUGUGUGUAAAAGCCUAUGAUGCAGACAGUUCAGACACAGACAAGUUGGAAUACUCUAUUCUAUCUGGCAAUGAUCAUAAAAAUUUUGUCAUUGACCAUGAAACAGGGAUUAUCACACUCUCAAACCUAAGGCGGCACACCUUGAAGCCGUUCUACAGUCUUAACAUUUCUGUUUCUGAUGGAGUUUUUAGAAGUUCAGCUCAGGUUCGUGUUACUGUAAUUGGAGGUAAUUUGCACAGUCCUGUUUUUCUUCAGAAUGAAUAUGAAGUAGAAUUAGCUGAAAAUGCUCCCUUACAUACUCUGGUGAUUGAGGUUAAGGCAACUGAUAGGGACCCUGGUGUUUAUGGUCACAUUACUUACCAUAUUGUAAAUGACUUUGCCAAAGACAGGUUUUACACAGAUGACAGAGGGCAGAUAUUUACUUUAGAAAAAUUUGAUCGAGAGACUCCAGCAGAGAAAGUAAUUGCAAUUCGCUUGAUGGCUAAGGAUGCUGGAGGAAAAGUUGCUUUCUGCACCAUUAAUGUCAUCCUUACAGAUGACAAUGAUAAUGCACCACAGUUUCGAGCAACCAAAUAUGAAGUGAACAUCGGAUCCAAUGCUGCCAAAGGGACGUCAGUCAUUAAAGUUUUUGCAAGUGAUGCUGAUGAGGGAUCCAAUGCUGAUGUCACUUACACCAUUGAAGCAGAUUCUGAAAGUGUUAAGGAGAAUUUGGAAAUUAACAAACUGUCUGGUGUAAUUACCACAAAGGAAAGUUUAAUUGGCUUAGAAAAUGAGUUCUUCACUUUCUUUGUUAGAGCUGUAGAUAAUGGGUCUCCGCCAAAAGAAUCAGUCGUUCCUGUCUAUGUUAAAGUAGUUCCACCAGAAAUUCAGCUUCCAAAAUUUUCAGAACCAUUUUAUACCUACACAGUUUCAGAAGACAUGCCAAUUGGAACGGAAAUAGAUCUCAUCCGAGCAGAACAUAGUGGAACUGUUCUUUACAGCCUAAUCAAAGGGAAUACUCCUGAAAGUAAUAGAGAUGACUUCUUUGUGAUUGACAGACAGAAUGGGAGACUGAAAUUGGAGAAGAGUCUUGAUCAUGAGACAACAAAGUGGUAUCAGUUUUCUGUCCUUGCCAGGUGCACUCGUGAUGAUUAUGAAGUGGUGGCUUCUGUAGACAUUAGUAUCCAAGUGAAAGAUGCAAAUGAUAAUAGCCCAGUAUUGGAGUCCAGUCCAUAUGAGGCAUUUAUUGUGGAAAACCUGCCAGGGGGAAGUCGAGUUAUUCAGGUCAGGGCAUCUGACCUAGAUUCUGGAACUAAUGGCCAAAUCAUGUAUAGUCUAGAUCAGUCACAAAGUACAGACAUCAUGGAAUCUUUUGCCAUUAACAUGGAAACAGGCUGGAUUACAACUCUGAAGGAACUUGACCAUGAAAAGAAAGACAAUUAUCAGAUUAAAGUGGUUGCAUCAGAUCAUGGUGAAAAGGUUCAGCUGUCCUCCACAACCCUUGUGGAUGUUACUGUCACUGAUGUUAAUGAUAAUCCACCACGGUUCACAGCAGAGAUUUACAAAGGAACUGUGAGUGAAGAUGAUCCUCCAGGUGGUGUCAUUGCCAUCUUAAGUACUACAGAUGCUGAUUCUGAAGAGAUUAAUAGACAAGUCACGUACUUCAUAACAGGUGGGGAUUCUUUGGGACAGUUUGCAGUUGAGAAUAUACAGAAUGAAUGGAAGGUCUAUGUAAAGAAACCUCUAGAUAGGGAAAAAAGAGACAAUUACCUUCUGACAAUCACAGCGACUGAUGGGACCUUUUCAUCAAAAGCCAUAGUUGAAGUGAAAGUUCUUGAUGCAAAUGACAACACUCCAGUUUGUGAAAAGACUUUAUAUUCAGACACCAUUCCUGAAGACACCCUUCCUGGGAAACUGAUCAUGCAGGUCUCUGCUACCGAUGCAGAUAUCCGUUCCAAUGCUGAAAUUACUUACACAUUAUUUGGUUCAGGUUCUGAAAAAUUCACACUAAAUCCAAGCACAGGGGAACUGAAAACAUUGGCCUCCCUUGACCGUGAGGAACAAGCAGUUUAUAACCUUCUAGUCAAGGCCACAGAUGGAGGUGGAAGAUUCUGUGAAGCUAAUAUUGUGCUCACACUAGAAGAUGUGAAUGAUAAUGCCCCUGAAUUCACUGUUGAUCCGUACACCAUCACUGUGUUUGAAAACACAGAACCUGGGACACUGUUGACGAGAGUGCAGGCCACAGAUCCAGACGCAGGAUUGAAUCGAAAGAUUUCCUACUCACUGAUUGAUUCUGCUGAUGGGCAGUUCUCCAUUAAUGAAUUAUCUGGAAUUAUUCAAUUAGAAAAGCCUUUGGAUAGAGAACUACAGGCAGUAUAUACCCUGACUUUGAAAGCUGUAGACCAUGGUUUGCCAAGGAGGUUGACAGCUACUGGUACUGUUGUGGUGUCAGUUUUGGAUAUAAAUGACAACCCGCCUGUGUUUGAGUACCGUGAAUAUGGUGCCACAGUGUCUGAGGACAUUCUCAUUGGGACAGAAGUUCUUCAAGUCUAUGCAGCAAGUCGGGAUAUUGAAGCAAAUGCAGAGAUCACCUACUCCAUAAUAAGUGGAAAUGAACAUGGAAAGUUCAGCAUAGAUUCUAAAACAGGUGCCAUAUUCAUCAUUGAGAAUCUGGAUUAUGAAAGGUCCCAUGAGUAUUACCUGACAGUUGAAGCCACUGAUGGAGGCACACCUUCAUUGAGUGAUAUGGCAACUGUGAACAUUAAUGUCACAGACAUCAAUGAUAACACCCCAGUGUUCAGCCAAGACACUUAUACAACAGUGAUCAGUGAAGAUGCAGUUCUUGAGCAGUCUGUCAUUACGGUUAUGGCUGACGAUGCUGAUGGACCUUCAAACAGCCACAUCCACUACUCAAUUAUAGAAGGCAAUCAGGGAAGUCCAUUUACAAUUGACCCUGUGAAGGGAGAAGUGAAAGUAACCAAACUUCUAGACCGUGAAACAAUUUCAGGCUACACGCUCACGGUUCAAGCUUCCGACAAUGGCCGUCCACCCAGAGUCAACACAACCACUGUGAACAUCGAUGUGUCUGAUGUCAAUGACAAUGCUCCCAUCUUCUCCAAGGGCAACCACAGUAUAAUCAUCCAGGAAAACAAGCCAGUGGGUUUCAGUGUCCUGCAGCUAGUAGUGACAGACAAGGAUUCUUCUCACAAUGGCCCACCCUUCUUCUUUACUAUUGUGAGUGGAAAUGACGACAAAGCGUUUGAAGUGAACCAGCAAGGAGUUCUCCUGACGGCGGCUGUGAUAAAGAGGAAAGUAAAGGACCAUUACUUCCUGCAUGUUAAGGUGGCAGAUAAUGGAAAACCUCAGCUGUCAUCUUUGACAUACAUUGACAUUAGGGUUGUUGAGGAAAGUGUCCAUCCGCCUGCCAUUUUGCCACUAGAGAUUUUCAUUACUGCAUUUGGAGAGGAGUACUCAGGUGGUGUCAUUGGGAAGAUCCAUGCAACAGACCAAGAUGUGUAUGACACUUUAACCUACAGUCUCGAUCCCCAGAUGGACAAGCUGUUUUCUAUUUCCAGCACAGGGGGUAAGCUGAUCGCACACAAAAAGCUAGAUAUAGGGCAGUACCUUCUUAAUGUCAGCGUGACAGAUGGAAAAUUUACAACAGUGGCUGACAUCACAGUGCAGAUCAGACAGAUAACACAGGAGAUGUUGAAUCAUACCAUUGCUAUUCGCUUUGCCAAUCUCACUCCAGAAGAAUUUGUCGGCGACUACUGGCGCAACUUCCAGCGAGCUCUACGGAACAUCCUGGGCACAAGGAGGAAUGACAUACAGGUUGUUAGUUUGCAGCCCUCUGAACCUCAUCCGCACCUGGAUGUCUUACUUUUUGUAGAGAAAUCAGGUAGUGCUCAGGUUUCAACAAAUCAACUUCUGCACAAAAUUAAUUCUUCUGUGACUGAUAUCGAGGAAAUCAUUGGUGUUAGGAUACUGGAUGUGUUCCACAAGCUCUGUGCAGGACUGGAUUGCCCUUGGAAAUUCUGUGACGAAAAGUUAUCUGUGGAUGAAAAUGUUAUGUCAACACAUAGCACAGCCAGACUGAGUUUUGUGACUCCCCGCCACCAUAGAACUGCUGUGUGUCUCUGCAAAGAGGGGAACUGCCCACCUGUUCACCAUGGGUGUGAAGAGAAUUCUUGCCCAGUGGGAUCAGAAUGUGUUGCUGAUCCCAGAGAGGAAAAGUAUACUUGUGUGUGUCCUGGUGGCAGGCCUGGUCAGUGCCCAGGGAGUUCAUCUAUAACAUUUACUGGAAACAGCUUUGUAAAAUACCGUCUCAUGGAAAAUGAAAACAAACUAGAAAUGAAACUGUCAAUGAGACUCAGAACCUACUCUACCCAUGCAGUCGUAGUGUAUGCUCGUGGAACUGACUACAGUAUCUUGGAGAUUCAUAAUGGAAGACUGCAGUACAAAUUUGACUGUGGAAGUGGCCCUGGAAUUGUCUCUGUUCAGAGCAUUCAAGUCAAUGAUGGGCAGUGGCAUGCAGUGACUCUUGAAGUGAAUGGAAAUUAUGCCAGAUUGGUUCUAGACCAAGUUCACACUGCAUCAGGCACAGCCCCAGGGACUCUGAAAACCCUGAACCUGGAUAACUAUGUGUUUUUUGGUGGCCAUAUCCGCCAGCAAGGAACAAGGCAUGGAAGAAGCCCCCAAGUCGGUAAUGGUUUCAGAGGAUGUAUGGACUCCAUUUAUUUGAAUGGACAGGAGUUGCCUUUAAAUAGCAAACCAAGAAGUUACGCACACAUGGAAGAGUCAGUGGAUAUAUCUCCUGGGUGUUUAUUAACAGCUACAGAGGACUGUUCAAGUAACCCUUGUCAGAAUGGAGGCACUUGCAAUCCAUCACCUACUGGAGGUUAUUACUGCAAGUGCAGUGCUUUAUUCAUAGGGACAUUCUGUGAAGUGAGCAUCAACCCGUGUUCCUCCAACCCCUGCCUCUAUGGUGGUACCUGCGUGGUAGACAAUGGAGACUUUGUUUGCCAAUGUAGAGGAUUAUAUACCGGUCAGAGAUGCCAGCUUAGUCCAUACUGCAAAGAUGAACCCUGUAAAAAUGGUGGAACAUGUUUUGACAGUUUGGACGGUGCUGUUUGUCAAUGUGAUUCAGGUUUUCGGGGAGAAAGGUGUCAGAGUGACAUUGAUGAAUGUGCUGGAAACCCCUGCCAUAAUGGGGCCCUUUGUGAGAACACACACGGCUCCUAUCACUGUAACUGCAGCCACGAGUACAGAGGAAAGCACUGCGAGGAUGCAACUCCCAACCUAUACGUAUCCACCCCAUGGAAUAUUGGCUUGGCUGAAGGAAUAGGAAUUAUUGUUUUUAUAGCAGGAAUAUUUUUACUGGUGGUGGUGUUUGUCCUCUGCCGAAAGAUGAUUAGUAGAAAGAAGAAACACCAGGCUGAACCUGAAGACAAGCACUUGGGACCAACCACAGCUUUCUUGCAAAGACCUUAUUUUGAUUCAAAGCUAAAUAAGAACAUUUACUCAGACAUACCACCCCAGGUGCCUGUCCGUCCUAUUUCCUACACUCCGAGCAUUCCAAGUGACUCUAGAAACAAUCUUGACCGGAACUCCUUUGAAGGAUCUACUAUCCCAGAGCACCCAGAAUUCAGUACUUUUAACCCAGAGUCUAUGCAUGGACACCGAAAAGCAGUGGCCGUUUGCAGUGUGGCCCCAAACUUGCCUCCCCCUCCUCCUUCCAACUCUCCUUCUGAUAGUGACUCAAUACAGAAGCCUAACUGGGACUUCGACUAUGACACUAAAGUGGUAGAUCUUGAUCCCUGUCUUUCCAAGAAGCCACUGGAGGAGAAGCCUUCCCAGCCAUACAGUGCCCGGGAGAGCCUGUCUGAAGUGCAGUCCCUAAGCUCCUUCCAGUCUGAGUCAUGUGAUGACAAUGGGUACCACUGGGAUACAUCAGAUUGGAUGCCAACUGUUCCUCUGCCAGAUAUACAGGAGUUCCCCAAUUACGAGGUUAUUGAUGAGCACACACCGCUCUACUCAGCAGAUCCCAAUGCCAUUGAUACUGACUAUUAUCCUGGGGGUUACGACAUUGAAAGUGAUUUUCCACCACCACCGGAAGACUUCCCUGCGCCUGACGAACUGCCACCAUUGCCUCCAGAAUUCAGUGAUCAGUUUGAAUCCAUACACCCACCCAGAGACGUGCCCGCUGCAGGUAGCUUGGGUUCUUCAUCCAGAAAUCUGCAGAGGUUCAACUUAAAUCAGUACCUGCCCAAUUUCUAUCCCGUCGAUAUGUCCAAACCUCAAAAACAAGGCACUGGUGAGAAUAGUACUUGUAGAGAACCGUAUGCCCCCUACCCUCCAGGGUAUCAAAGAAACUUUGAAGCCCCCACUAUCGAAAACAUGCCCAUGUCUAUGUACGCUUCCACAGCUUCCUGCUCUGAUGUGUCAGCGUGCUGUGAAGUGGAGUCUGAGGUCAUGAUGAGUGACUAUGAAAGUGGAGAUGACAGCCAUUUUGAAGAGGUAACAAUUCCUCCACUGGAUGCCCAGCAACAUACGGAAGUCUGACGCUCAGACUCCUCCCCAAAGUGCCUGGACUUUAAAGAAACCUAGCGAUGAUAUCUGUAAUCCUCUGCAUUGUUCUCUGAGAGCAGCAGUGCUUUCGCGCUUCUUUUCGGUGAGCUCCGAUGGGCAUGGCUGCACUGAAUCCCGCGCCUCUCCAUGUUAGCCAUCUCCAGCAUCCUAACCUACUGUAACCGGCCAAGAUGGCCGUUGGCUGUGCCAUUCCUGAGCAUCUUUUUGUACUUACAUUACAUUUGUCUGUGUUUAAAUAUGGAAUGAAAAUCAGUCCUACCACCUUGUUAGCAUGAUUCAUGUAUUUAUGUAGAUUUGAUUAUUUUAAUUUUCCUGUCUCCUCUUCUGUAAAUUUUAUGUACAGAUUUGAUUUUUUUUCAUAGUUUUAACUAGAUUGUCAAGAAUCUUUGUGCAUUUGUUUUCAGCUGAAUGUUGGUGGUGUUAGUCAUUAACUAGCACCCUGAUCAUUUUUUUUUUUUAAUAUGGUCAGGGUUUCACUAUAUGUUCCUUUCCACUACAGUAUGACAUUUCACUAACUCAUUUCAAUAUAAUCUUUUAUUUCUAGCUGUACAUAGAGGAUGAGGAAGAACACAUGGACAUGUCUUAAAUGGGUUGCUGUAUUUUAGGAUUAUAAACAUUUUUCGUUAUUGGAAAGUGUAAUGGGGACCUUCUGCAUAACUGUUUAGAACCAAAACCACCAUGACACAGUUUUUAUAGUGUCUGUAUAUUUGUGAUGCAAUAGUCUUGUAAAGGUUUUUACUAAAAACUAUCAUUAGCCAGUCUUUCUUACUGACAAUAAAUUAUUAAUAAAAUACUUUAGCUUUA